CGGGCCGGUCUGGAAAAUAAUUUGUUUCAAGGAAAAAAUAAGUUGGCGACAUCCACGACUCGCGCCGACGGCGGGUGCGGCACCGCCGGUCGUCGGCGCGGCGCCCGUUCCCACCCCCGAACCCGUUCCGCACCACCGCGUCGGGUGCUUCUUCGGAGCCCUCGCCGUAGGUUUAAAGUCGCAGUUCUCGCCCCGCUUCCCGUCGUCGUCAGCCGACGGGCGCUUCCACGACGGCGGGAUGCUCCUCCGGCCCCAGCCUCUGGCGGAAGGCGCCUCGGGCGGGGAGGAGGAAGAGCGCGCGCGAGGGCCGCAAGGCAUCUUGCGAGGCAUCGGUCGGCGAAUGCGAUUUGCAGCGAGAUUGUGUCAGCGGCCUCCGUUCCUUCUCUGAGGACACCUGCUGCAAAUACAACUACCAGCGCAGGUAGUGUGCUUAGAAACCUACUACAGAGGUACCGAUCAACCUCUGCUGGGCAGAGGAUACGGGGCGUGCACUCUCAGGCCGCUUCUCUUCGUAGCAACAUUUCUAGGAGGUAUCCAGAAAGAGUUAUACAAAACUUCAGAAGGCAGCCGACGUUACAUUCCAACACACCUGCUGCAAAUACAACUACUGGUGCAGGCAGUGUACUUAGAAAUCUACAACAGCGGUACCGAUCAAGUUUCGUUGGUCAGAGGACACGGGGCAUGCACUCCGACACCGCUUCGCUUCCUAAAGAGUUUUAUAGGGGUGAUACAGAAGGAGUCAUGCAGAACAUCAAAAGGCUAAGUCAAGGAAUUUCAAAUGCAGCAAGGGAGGAAGGACGUGUUCUUGGUACAGCUAGUGCACCCUAUUACAUGGUAGAGAAAGGCCUACUAAAAAAGCAGCUUCUGCGUACCUCUGGAGGCCUCGUGGUUGCUGGCUUUGCAGUCUAUGCAAUUGGUAAACUGGAGGAAGCGGAGGUUGGCAAGUUUGAAGGUUUGAAAGAAGUGCCUAGGGAUUCGAGCACGAAACUCAGUGACGUAAAGGGGGUCGAUGAAGCCAAAGCUGAGCUCGAGGACAUAGUUCACUACCUACGACAUCCAAAUCGUUUCAACCGCCUUGGUGGCAAGCUUCCGAAGGGUAUUUUGCUUGUGGGCCCACCUGGCACAGGGAAGACCAUGUUGGCAAGGGCUGUGGCUGGGGAAGCCGGCGUCCCUUUCUUCGCGUGCUGUGGCAGUGCUUUCGAGGAGACUUAUGUGGGUGUUGGCGCAAAGAGGGUAAGGGAGCUCUUCGCUGCGGCAAGGAAGCGAGCUCCUUGCAUAAUAUUCAUCGAUGAACUUGAUGCCGUUGGUGGGCGCAGAACUGCAGAAGAACCAUCAUCGUCAAAGCAGACUCUGAACCAGCUGCUUGUUGAGAUGGAUGGCUUCAAGCAGAAUGAAGGGAUCAUCGUGGUCGCAGCAACCAACCUCGUUGAGUCGCUAGAUGACGCCCUUGUCAGGCCUGGGCGUUUUGACCGUCAAGUUCAUGUUCCGCUUCCAGAUGUUGUGGGUCGGCGGCAGAUCCUCGAGGCGCACUUGUCAAAGGUGUUGAGAGCCAAGGGUUUGGAUGUGAUGACUAUCGCGAGGGGGACGCCUGGGUUCUCAGGCGCAGACCUCGCAAACCUAGUGAACGACGCGGCGCUCAAGGCUUCCAGGGAGGGGGCAAAUGCUGUUGGGAUGGAUCACCUCGAGUACGCCAAGGACAAGAUCAUCAUGGGCAGCGAGCGCAAGUCAGCGGUGAUGUCUGAUCGCUCGAGGAAGAUGACCGCGUACCACGAGGGAGGGCACGCCCUUGUUGCUAUCCUCACAGACGGCGCCGACCCCGUCCACAAGGCCACCAUUGUCCCAAGGGGAAACUCUCUUGGCAUGGUGACACAACUGCCGGGAGAAGACGGCGAGCUCGAAGUAUCGAGGAAGCAGAUGCUGGCGAGACUGGAUGUCCUCAUGGGCGGGCGGGUGGCCGAGGAGCUCCUAGUUGGAGAGACCGGGGUCACCACCGGCCCCUUCUCUGAUCUCAGCCAGGCGACUCAGCUGGCGAUGGACAUGGUCACCAAGUAUGGCAUGAGCAAGCGGGUCGGCCUUCUUUCCUACGACGAUGGUGGGCGCGCGGCGACCAUGAGCGGGUCAAUGGCGGCCCUGGUCGAUGAGGAGGUGAAGGCAUUAUUGGACAAGGCCUACAGUAACGCGAAAACGAUUCUCACGGCACACAGCAGGGAGCUCCAUGUCCUCGCCAGCGCCCUCCUGCAGCACGGAACUCUCUCCGGUGACCAGAUCAAGAAAAUAGUUUCGGCAGGUAGAUGGUUUUAACAAGACUUGUUAAAACCUUCUUUCUGUAGGGACUUGUUGAAACCUUCUUCGCCUGGCCUAGCAGUGUAGAGGCAGAAGUUUUGUUUUCUGAUACUUCUGUUGCUUGCACAGAGAGUGUAAAGAGCGGUCUGGAUUUUCUGAAUUGUAUUUCUCAAGUCUGAAGAGUGUGUUGCCCAAAUCAAUCAAACCAGAAUUUGUUUUUCAAUGCA